AUGCUCUCUGAAGUCGCGAAGAUGCACGAACGCGAGGCGGCGGCCAAGCGGGGCCUGCUGGACGCGCUCGCAGCCCUGGCUGGCGCCGGCGGCGAGGCGGCCCGCGGCAGCAACGGUCGCGGCGGCGGCGGCGGCGGCGGCGGCGGCGGCGGCGGCGGCGACGAUGAGGCUCGGCUGCGGGAGCGCCUGACGGUGGCGAUCGCAACGUGGCUGUCGCGGCCGUUUGUGGAUGACGAGAGGAUCGAUCUGAUCUUGGGGACGCUCACGGAGGACAUGGCGGGCUUCUGA